GAGAGAAAAAGGAAGCUCUCGGAUAAGUUUUUGUGUGUAUUCCUUCAAAAGUACACAAACUUUAACAAGCCAAAGGUAUGAAUUGAGGCCUUGUGGGGAUCAGCGUGAUGAAGACAAAGAUCUGAAGAGCACGACGGGAACCAGUUUGCAGUUGUGCACAGCUGAUGACAUCAAAUAUUAACACUUUGUAAGGCCUUGGGCCUCGAGUGCCUACAGAUAGACCCUGGACACAAGAGACAAUGUCCUCUGACUUGGACUCAAGCCUCACUAGUAUUGACUGGCUGCCUCAGCUGGGAAUCAGCAGCUUGCGCUCGGGGAAAGAAAGAGGAAGUGGAGUUGGAGAGAGGGAAAAGAAGAAAGACAGAGGGAGGGAGAGGGGAGAUUUCCUACCCUCUGUGCAGGACCCCUCCCCUUCUAACUGUAAAGGGAAACCCCCUCAAAGCUAUGCUACGCUCAUUGCCAUGGCGAUAGCAGCUGCACCUGAGAGGAAGCUGAGUUUGAAUGACAUCUACACCUGGAUCAGUGACACUUUCCCUUACUACAGCCGAGCAGGCCGUGGAUGGAAGAACUCCAUCCGCCACAAUCUGUCUCUGAAUAAAUGCUUCAGGAAAGUUCCUCGGCCACAGAGCGACCCAGGAAAGGGUUCCUAUUGGACGAUGGACGGACCUGCAGAGGGGAAUCAAAUGCGAGUACCUAAACGUCCAUAUCCAGAGGAAGACGAGGAGCGGCAGGAUGUUCCUGAAGUACGAGGGACCCAAGCGGACAGAGGACCCUCCCCUCAUCCACCCCGAACGACCUCCCUCUCUGACCACCAGCUUCUAAACACGGAGCCACUGGGAGCCAUCGAGCAGCAGUCACCCCGGUCUGCCUCCCUCUCUCCUCCCCCACGCAAGUGUCAUCUUUUGUAUUCACAGCAACCGUCACCCUACAUGCCAAGCACCAUCUCUCGUCCACCUGUAGCUACUCCACCUGCGGCCCCUAUGUCCUCCAUGAAUUCCUUUCCACCUCCCUAUCCACCUGGCACCAUCGCUUGUGCUCCACCUCCAUCUGCUGUCAACAUGUCUACAGCUUCUCCAGCUGCUCCCUCCUUCUGUGUUGCAGCUCUGUCCUUUCCUGCUAAUCCAGGACCUGUACCUGUUUCCACUUUCUCCUAUUCUCCUAACGUGGCCCCUGUGCCUGUUUGCACAGUGUCGGCUCCCUCUUCAGCAUCUGCUGUCCAUUCAUCUGUUGCCGCCCCUGUUGUUGUCUCAUUCAACUCCUCCACUGAUCCCCCACUGCGUUUCACCUUUGAUGAGCUGAAUUUACCAGACCUGUAUGCAUCGUUCAAGUCUCUGGUCAAGACGAUGCGAGAGAGGGGAGGCUCUCAGUCGGAUGUUUCUCCCCUGACUACCCCACUCCACACUCCAACUCUGCUGCCACUGUCUCCUCACCCUCCCCCACCUCCACCACCUCCACCAGCUCCUCCAGCUGCUCCAGCUGUUCCACUUGCACACCCUCCACUACAAUACACUACCCUCCUCUCUUCCGCCUCAGCGGUGCCACCUGAUUGGUUCAGCAACCCAGAUUCUCUGAAGCAGAGCUUCCGCAUCGCCAGCAAUCUGGACUGGGCAAACAUAGACCUGUCUGGUCACCCAGACCUGCUGGAGAGCAUGCGGCAGGCGGAGCUGUGUGACUGGGCCCUGGACCCGGCGAUCUUCACCUCCCUCUGUGACUCUCUGAACCGCUUCUUCACUCAGAAAGGCAUGAUCAACUCUGGGAAUAACUCCCCACUAGCCCUCGGCGCACCUCACCCCUUGCAAGCCGCACCCUUCACCUCCAAUCUGCCUCCGACCCUCGCCAGCCUCACCCACCCGUCACCCCUCCCGUACGCUCCCACAGUUCCCCCUGCCAUCGGAGCACAGCUGCCCAGGAGGCCUCUGCACAUGCAGGGACCAGGCCUUCAAAGACCACAGCUGACGCAGCCUGCAAACACAACUGCUGGGAUGCAGCCUCACUCUGCGGCACCACGACAGCGUCCUCCAUUAAAGAAUCUGCACAGCAACAGUGAGGAGAUCCAGGAUGACUUUGACUGGGAUUCUCUGCUCGGUUGACCGUCGCCGUCAGUGACAUGGGUCGAACACAACUCUACAAAGACACGUGACUCUUUACAGCCGUGAACACUAAACUCUAUGCAGAGGCUGCCUCACUGGUUUUAAAUCUUAGAGCUUCUCUGAGAGCAAGUUUGGGAUCUUGAUGAGUCACAUAAGACUGAAUGCUGUUUUCAAGGUUAAACUUUUAUCACCUGUAUUCAAAUUCAUAUGCUGUAAUAAGUUCUGUAUGGUGUAUCUUCUGCAGGUAAUUAUCAGGGUGUUCUUUUCUAAUGGACUGUACUUUUAUAAACAUGUUCACCAAAGAAAAUAAAGUGUAAACUUAUUCUUGUAACCGUACUGUACACUGCAGCAGUAAAAAAACAAUGUGUAAAUAUAUGUUAUUUACAGAGCAAACAUGAAACAAGCCAAAAAUGUCCUGUGUUUUAUUUUAUUUCAUAAAUUUCUUUUUUCCAUUUACUUUUCAAAUGUGAAUGUUCACAGUCAACACCACACAAAAUUCAACCUUACCCAAUAAAAGAUAUUUUUCUUGUUGAUAUAAAAUAACAAUAAAUUCAUCUAACUAAAUUAAAAUAACAGCAUGGAGCAUGUCGUCAAGUCCCUGUUUUUUCUUCUUUCAUUGAAAUAAUUGUCUUUUCUUUUUUCUUGAGAAGCAUCAGUAGCUCUCCCUCCCCCCCCAAAGGGACGAGGGAUGGAACGAGGGCAGCAGUGAUCGGACACCUGAGCACCAGGGAUGCCAUUUGAAAUGUGAUUGGAAAAAAAU